UGUAAAUUGGGGUUCCUGGAUAGUGACAGAUAUUCCAACCCCCCCCCAUCCAUCAAUCAUCGGCGACUCGAGUCACCGACAUCCCGUCCGUUGAGAAGUCAGAGCUCGACAUCCGACACAGCAGCCAACCUUCUUUGCAACUUUUGUACAGUUUUCUGUUUGUGCGUUACGCUGGAUCGUAGGCACAAUUCGAACGAACCCGGGUCGGCGUUACUACUCCGCCGACGACAGAGGCAAUUUGCGGUCGACCACCGGCCAGACCCCGUGUUGAGUCAUCGCUCGAUAUGGACUCACCGCGUGAGGAACCCCGCAAGGAUGGCCUCAUUGUUGACAAGAUCGACGUGCAACACAACGAGGACGCGCUGCGGGAGACGGACCGCCAGAUGAGCGCGUGGCAGUGCCUCCGUCAGAACCCCAAGAUCGUCUUCUGGACUCUCUACGCCAACAUCGGUUCCACUCUUGUUGGCUUUGAGAACCUCGCACUCUCCGUGUGUCUGGCGAUGCCGGCAUUCCAGAAGACCUUUGCCACGGAAGUCAAUGGCCAACUCAUCAUCCCGGCCUACUGGCAGUCGGCCUGGAGCGCCAUGUACAACGUCAUGAUGAUCUUCGGCUCCUUCGCUGCUGGCUAUAUGCAGGACUGGCUCGGCCGUCGGUCCGUCAUUCUCCUGGCCUCGGUCGUGGCCGCGGCGGGCAUCGCCGUCACCUUCGUCUCGAAGACGUCCCCCCAGUUCCUCGGCGGCAAGAUCAUCGCGGGCUUCUCGGUUGGCCUGUUCACGACGACGACGCAGACGUAUGUGUCCGAGAUCGCGCCGCUGCCGAUCAGGGGCAUGGCCCUCUCGGUCAAUACCAUCAUGAUGAACCUGGGCCUUCUCAUCGCCAUCUCGACAAGCUUCUCCCGCGUCGCCAUCAUGGACGAGUCCGCUUUCCGGGUCGUCUUCGCCGCAGCCUGGGCGUUCCCCGGCAUCAUCGCCCUCGGGCUGCCCUUCCUCCCGGAGUCCCCGACAUGGCUGGUCUUCAAGAACAGGCACGACAAGGCCCGGAAGGCCCUCCAGCAGCUCUCGGGCCCCACAGAGGACAUCGACGCGCGUCUGGCGCAGAUCAUCGACAACGUUGAGACGGAGCGGCGGAUGCAACUCGAGGCGGCCUCGUUCGCCGAGUGCUUCCGCGGCACCAACUGGCGGCGCACCCGCAUCAUCCUCAUCUGCUUCUACGUCCCGCAGGUCAUCGGCGCCGUCCUCUCGUCCAACGCGCCGUACUUCCUCAACCAGACGGGCCUGUCGAGCGCCACGGUACUGAUGCUCGUGCAGGUCGGCGUCGCGGCUGGCGUCGUCUCGGCGCUCGUCAACGCGUUCCUGAUGAUGCGGCUGCGGCACCGGCCGCUCAUGUUCUUCGGCAUCGGCGUCUGCGUCGCCAUGUACCUCGCCAUGGGCGUCGCAGCGGCGUUCCCCAAGACGCAGACGUCGCUGCUUGUCAUCGGCGUCGCGCUCGUCUUCACGUCCAUCUCGUACGGGCCCGCCGUGGGCGCGUCCAUGGCGGUGGCGGGCGAAGUGUCGGCGUCGAAGCUGCGAGCCAAGUCGCUCGGCAUCGGCGUGGCCUUCUCGUCGGUCGUGUCGACGAUCUGGACCAUCGUCCUGCCGUACCUCUUCAACGUCGACCAGCUCAACAUGGGCGGGCACAUUGGGUGGAUCUUCUUCGGCAUGGGCAUCCUGAUGCUGUUCGUGCUCUACUUUGACGUGCCGGGCACCAAGGGCCGCACGUUUGAGGAGCUGGACAUCAUGUUCGAGCUGGGCAUCUCGGCGCGCAAGUUCGAGAAGUACAAGCUCAAUGAAGGACCUGCGGAUACGGAGUGAAGAGGCUUCAUUUCACAGGGGAGUGGGGUGGUUUCUUUUUGGUUGCAAUUGUUUCGAGUUGUCAAGAUUCUACGAAUGCCUACAUGUAAGCGGAGUUGUCGUGAAGCCUGCUUCAGUACAAAAGACAGCACGUAUAGUUGGACAACCCUUUUGACGCAUUUCGCCGCAAUUACUUCCGACUUUGAAUUCUUGUGUUGUGAACUGUUAGGGGUCUGGAGCAAGACUAUGCAGGUUGCUGGUUGAUCGACGCUGUUUGUGACGAUGAAUCCCACACAUUUCGGCCCUUCUCAGUCGAUGCGACAUCGGCGGCAAAGCCGACGUAAAAC